AUGUUAGACGGUACUAUUUCACAAACUGGUUGCAUUUGGCACCAGGUCACCCUCACGGUCUUGGCCAAUGGCCAUAUCCACCCAAUUUCAUUCCUUGUUUGCCCUAUUGGCAACACCCCAGCAAUCCUUGGCAUGACUCGGUUAACGGCAGAAGCCCCACUCAUUGACUGGCAACAAGGCCUGAUAACCUUCCCCAAACAAGUGCAAAUAGCGUCAGAAGAAGAAGCGGACCCCAACCCUUUGGCACAACUCCUGGAACAAUACCAUGAAUUUGCUAAGGUCUUUGGCAAAGAAGAAUUUAAGGUCCUCCCUCCACACAGGGAGUAUGAUAUAUCUAUAGAUCUUAUUCCAGAUGCCAAACUAUCCCCAGGUCCCCUUUAUGGCAUGACUGAUGCGGAAUCCAAGGCGCUCAAGCAACACAUUGACAAAGAACUAGCGACGGGCAAGAUCCGCCCCAGCACUUCUUCUACUGGUGCCCCAGUCAUGUUUGUAAAAAAGGCAGAUGGAUCCCUUAGGCUGGUUGUAGACUACCAAAAACUCAAUGACGUCACGCACAAGAACGUGUAUCUGCUCCCAAGACAAGAUGACCUUAUGGCAAAGUUAAGACAUGCCAAAUUAUUCACAAAGCUUGACCUACGCUGGGGUUACAACAACGUCAGAAUCAAGGAAGGAGAUGAAUGGAAGACGGUGUUUAGAACUAAAUACGGACUAUUUGAAUACUUAGUUAUGCCCUUUGGCCUCACCAAUGCUCCAGCCACCUUCCAACACUUCAUGAAUGACUUAUUUAGGGAUCUCAUUGACGUAACUGUGGUCAUCUACUUGGACAAUAUCCUGAUCUUCUUGGAGAACCCAGAAGAACACCCCAGCCACGUCCGGGAAGUCUUGUUGAGGUUAAUGAAGAACCAGUUAUUCUGUAAACUCUCCAAGUGUCACUUUCACGUCACCACAGUGGAUUACUUGGGGAUUGUCAUAACUCCUGCCGGUUUCUCCAUGGAUCAGAGAAAGAUUGAGGCAGUCACGUCAUGGCCACAGCCCAAGACAAUUAAACAGGUUCAGGCUUUCCUAGGAUUUGCUAAUUAUCUACGCCGGUUCAUCCCCAACUUUAGCUCUGUUGCGCGCCCUCUGCACAAUCUCACCAAAAAGGAAACCCCCUGGUCAUGGGGUAACCUAGAGGAAGCAGCGUUCCAGGAACUGAAGCGUCUUGUCACCCAGUCACCCGUCCUUGUCCACUCCAACCCGGAUUUACCCUACUACCUAGAAACAGACGCAUCAGGGGUAGCCAUGGGAGCCAUCUUAAGUCAACAAGGGGAGGAUAACCGGCUCCAUCCAAUUGCAUAUAUGUCUAAAUCCUUCUCCGGUGCUGAGGCCAAUUAUGACACCCACAACAAGGAACUCUUGGCCAUCAUUAAAGCCUUGGAGGAAUGGCAUAUCUUCCUAGAAGCAACGGAUAAACCCAUACAGGUAUUCACAGACCAUUGA